GUAAAUCUGGCGAUUUGUGUAAGUUAACACCUCAUACAAUUGCUAAAAUUAGUGAAUAUUGCAAAAAGUGGAUUGAUUUGGAUGGCGAACAAAGCACGAUCGCAGCAAAUAUUGCCGAACAAAUAAAACGUUGGUCAUUCCAUUCGGAAACGGAGCUAGUGCGAGAUGAAAUUGCUACGGAAAUUGCAAACUUGCGAUAUCACAAAGAGUGCUAUGUUCGUUUUUGUGAUAAAACAAAAAUCGAAAGAGCCGAGAAAAGAAUAAUCAAGAAAAAGGCAAUGACUGUCGAUGCAUCCACCAAAGGUGAACCGAGCACUCCUGUUGCUAACCGCCCGGCACCUGUGCAU